AUGUCAGGAGUUGUACAAAUUCUUGACAUUAAGGAUGAUUUUUUCCAAACGUUCAAAUUUAAAUCUGGUCCUACCAUUGGGUCAGGUCUGUCUGGGAAUGUUGUGUUGGCCACACAUCUUGAUAAUCCAAAUAUUAAAAGAGCUGUGAAAAUGUUUUCUUCUUGCAAUGAAGAAGAUGCAAUCAAAAGUAAGAAACUGUUUGUACGCGAGGUCAAAAUGAUGCAGUCUGUCGAUCAUCCAAACAUAUUGAAAGCCAUCGUAGCUGUCAGAUGUCCAAUGUACUUGGCUAUCUGCAUGCCCUUCUAUCAGAAGGGCAGUUUGUCUUCAUUACUUCAUGAACUGACCCCAUCACAUCUGGCAGUGUACUUUGCACAGCUGACGUGUGUUUUGAGUUUUCUUGACCACAAGCGGAUUGUUCACGCGGACAUUAAACCAAGUAACAUUUUAGUGGACGACCAACAGAAUGUCAUCCUUGGAGACUUUGGUUUGGCCUUUUCUGUUCCUCAAGGGACAGAGGUCAUCAGCUCAGACAAAGUGGGAGGCACUCCAGCCUUCAUGGCACCUGAACUUUUUACUUCGGGAAACGUGGACCCAUUUAAACUGGAUGUCUAUUCUCUUGGAGCCACUUUUUGGUGCAUAUUAUUCCAAAAGGAACCAAAAUCUACCCUGACAUUUGAUUAUCUGUUUGAGAUAAAUAAGAGUCCAGAUAUUCCACAACCUUACAGAUGGGCCUUGACAAAGAUGCUUGACCCAGUAUUAAACAAAAGACUUCACAUAAAUCUCUUGUUGGCCAAACUAAGAGAAAUCAGAUUUUGUCCCACCAUCAUUGAUCACUUGACCAAAGCUGACAAUUCAAGAUAA